AUCACUUCCGCUUUGGUUGGUCGAUUCGCUUGAUGCGGCCGCCAUAAAAUCGCGGCGUGUCCUCUGGAGUAACGUAUUCCAUAUUUAGCCGUUCGUUGUUCAUCUCGAAGCACGUUCACACAACAGCUGUCAUGGUGGUUGUCGAUAUCAACAAUCUGGAGGAGUUCAGGGCUGCCCUGAAGGAUGCUGGAGACAAGCUGGUGGUGGUGGACUUCACAGCCACCUGGUGUGGGCCCUGUAAACAGAUUAGCCCAGAGUUCCAUAAGCAGUCUACUACUGCUGAGAACGUGAAUGUGGUUUUCCUGAAGGUGGACGUGGAUGACGCUGAAGAUGUGAGUGCAGAAUGCAAUAUUAACUGCAUGCCCACAUUCCACUUUUACAAGAAUGGAGAAAAGGUGGACGAGUUCUCUGGUGCCAACAAAGAUACACUGUUGGAGAAACUGAUAUCUUUGAGGACAUAAAGUGCCACCAACCAAUCCACAAACACAUCCUCAUUGUACAAAAACCACAGAAGCUGCUGUUUCCCUCUGUACAUGCUUGAGAAAUUCAUGACAUGUACAAUAACCAUCAAGUCUUUAAUUUCACACAGCAAAUAAUUUAUUCCACUUAUCGGUGACUUACUGUAAGUUCAGUGUAUGUCAUAACUGGCUGAAAUGUAAUCAAAACCUGUCGACCACUUUUAAUUCUGUUUUUGUACGAGAUUGGCUUUGCUCCUGAACUUUCUUUGCAUGUUGUGUUCAAGGUGGAUUUAAUAAAUAAACAAUGAGUUACA